AUGAAUAGUGCCGAGAACGGGUCACAGCCCGACGGUGUGAAUGGGGUGAAUGAGACUCACGAGCCCAUUGCGAUCAUCGGUUACGCCUGUCGUCUCUCCGGUCAGGUCUCCUCCCCCGGCGACUUAUGGGAGCUUUGCACACGCGGUCGCAGUGGAUGGUGUCCCAUCCCUAAAGACCGUUUCGACUCCGGUGCAUACCAUCAUCCUAAUCCAUCCAAGUCGGGAACCACAAACCCCAUCGGCGGGUACUUUCUCGACGAGGAUGUCUCCCGAUUUGACGCCCCCUUCUUCAAUGUCACCGUUCAGGAGGCCAUUUCCAUGGACCCCCAGCAGCGAUUGCUUUUAGAAACCUCGUACGAAGCUUUGGAGAGUGCUGGCAUUCCCAAAGAAUCCCUUGCCGGUCGUAAUGUUGGUGUGUUCGUCGGUGGCAACUUCGCCGAUUACGAGCUGCGCAACUUGCGCGAUAUUGAAACUGCACCAAUAUACCAGGCCACCGGCAAUGCGACAUCCCUCCAAUCAAACAGAAUCUCCUAUUUCUUCGAUUUGUCGGGUCCGAGUUUGACCAUCGACACGGCCUGUUCCUCCUCGCUCGUGGCUCUCCACUAUGCUGUACAGAGCUUGCGCAGUGGUGAAUCGAAAGAGGCCCUUGUCGGAGGUUGCAGAUUGAACAUUCUCCCUGAUUAUUUUGUUUCCAUGUCCAUGUCACAAUUGUUCAACGACGAAGGAAAAACAUACGCAUUCGAAGAGAGAGCCAAAUCCGGUUUCGCGCGUGGUGAGGGUGCUGGUGUCGUUCUUCUCAAGCCCCUCUCGGCCGCAAUCCGCGACAAGGAUCCCAUUCGGGCUGUAAUUGCUCAUACGGGCGUCAACCAAGAUGGAAGGACAAAGGGUAUCACAUUGCCGAAUGAAAAGGCACAGGAGAACCUGAUCCGUCGUGUUUACGCUGAGGCCAACUUGAACCCCGACGAGUGUGGUUUUGCCGAAAUGCACGGCACUGGUACCAAGGCCGGAGAUCCCAUUGAAGCCGCUGCGGUUCACGCAGCACUGGGCCAAAACCGGACAGCCAGAAACCCCCUCUAUAUUGGAUCCGUCAAGUCCAAUAUUGGCCAUCUGGAAGGUGCAAGCGGUAUUGCAUCAAUCAUUAAAGCAGCUAUGAUCUUGGAUAAUGGAUUGUUGCUUCCGAAUGCCGACUUCAAGAAACCGAACCCUAAUAUCCCUCUCAAUGAAUGGAACAUGAAGGUCGUGAAUUCCACGCGACCCUGGCCUCGAGGCAAGAAAUAUAUCAGUGUCUCGAAUUAUGGCUUUGGAGGUGCCAAUGCCCACGUCGUGAUGCAGAAGCCUCCUGCGCCAACACAAGCGGCGGACGACGCCGAGGUUGAUGGAGACCCCAAGCGUCGCCUAUUCCUCAUUUCAGCAAACGAUAAAGACUCGCUCAAGACUAGAAUUCAUGAUUUCGGCGUUUAUUUCGAACAAAGACCGGAGGUGUUUGAGAACUCUCUUUUCGGGAACUUUGCCUACACUCUCGGAAGCAAACUGUCGCAGCUUUCAUACCGCGUUGCCGUGUCGGCGACAUCGCUUGAUGAGCUUGGUAUUCGCUUGGCUCAGUUGAAGGUCAACCCAGCUCGAGUGCUGAGCGCGCCUACCAUAGCAUUCGUCUUCACUGGACAAGGAGCUCAAUGGGCCCAGAUGGGUAUCCCACUUAUGACCGACUACCCAGUGUUCAAGUCUGCCAUUGUGCGAGCCGACGAAUGCCUGCGCAAACUUGGUGCGGAAUUCUCUCUUCUAGAGGAGCUUGAGAAGGAUGCUUCGGAGUCUCAGAUCAACUCCCCUCAUUUGAGCCAACCGGCUUGCACAGCACUCCAGGUUGCGUUGACUGAUCUGCUUCGGUCUUGGGGCAUUCUUCCUUCUUCGGUUGUCGGACACAGCUCUGGUGAGAUCGGUGCUGCGUACGCUGCUGGUAUCUAUGACCUCGAGGCUGCAAUGGCCCUUUCAUACCGCCGUGGUCAAAUGACCCAGCUCCUCAAGAAGACAUUCCCUCUGCUGAAGGGGACCAUGAUUGCCAUUGGCGCUGGCUCUGAGGCUGUCAAGCCGAUGCUGAAGACUCUUGGAAGCUACGCUACUAUUGCCUGCGUGAACAGUCCUUCCAGUGUCACCGUUUCUGGAGACGUUUCUGCUAUCGACGAGCUGGAGCCCAUCCUGCAAGAGCAGGCAUUAUUCAACCGACGCCUCAAGAUCGAUGUGGCAUACCAUUCAGACCACAUGAAGAAUGUCGCCGAAGCCUAUCUGGCCGCCAUCGAGUCCAUUCAGCCAGCAACUACUUCUACCGCGACCUUCUUCUCUUCCGUGACUGGUCAGAUCGCCCAGCCGUCUGAAUUGGGCCCCGCCUACUGGAUUCAGAACCUGACAUCCUCCGUCUUGUUCUCUGAUGCCCUGAGCAAGAUGUGUGAUAAUGAAGAGACCCGUCCUCACCUUCUCAUUGAGGUUGGUCCCCAUUCUGCUCUGAAAGGUCCUAUCCUUGAUAUCCAGAAGAGCUUGGGUUCCGCGGCGUCCAAGAUUGGCUACGCCCCGACUGUGAUCCGUAAUGCCGACCCUAGCGAGUCCGUCAUGGAUGCCGCUGGCGCAGCUUAUGUACGCGGAGCAUCUCUCAAAAUCACUGAUCUCAACUUCCCUUGCAGCAAUGCUAAUAACAGAUCGUUCCUGAGAGAUCUUCCUCGGUACCCGUGGCAGCAUUCUACACGUUACUGGCACGAAUCCCGUAUCGCAGACAAGCAUGCCAAGCGAGAUGGUGUCCGAAACGAUGUUCUUGGUGCGCAGGCUAUGUACUCGAAUGACCUGGAGCCAACAUGGCGCAAUAUCGUUCGCUUGGAUGAUAUUCCCUGGCUUCGCGACCACAAAAUGCAGGGCAUGAUUGUCUACCCAAUGGCUGGUUAUGUAAGUCUUCCUUUCAUCAUUCGAUCUUUUUUUAGAAAAAAAUACUAA